UCUCACCAAAAAGUUAGAACAUACUCCAAAAAAUUCAAGAAAAGUUUUUGGGUAUUCAAAUUGAAACAUGGGAUGUUUUCCUGCUUGUUUUGGCCAUGUAAGAAGUGAUCUCGCCACUAAAAAGUGUUUGUCACAGGAUGAAUCUGUCAAAUUCUUACCAGAAAAGACAGAAUCAAUGAAAGUGGAGGAGACUGUUGAUCCCAUCAAACUUGCUUCACAGUUAUCUGAAGAUAUUAGCAAGGAAAAAGAAGAAGAAGAAACAGUUUGCAAUCACUCAAAUGUCAAGAAAAUUAGUAAAAGCAGCAGCAAAAGUGAUAGUACUAGUUUGGUGGAAUGUGGAAAUGGCAAAGUUGAAAUGGAGAGAGGGAAUGAGAGAGAAGAUCAAGAAACCAGUAGUCAUGUUGUUCAAGAAGAGUCUUGCUGCAGCUCUCUCUUCACUCUAUCCAUAGAUUCUAGGAAGCAUUUUUUAGCUGCAGAAAUGGGAGAAAAAGAGGUUAGCAGCCUACUCAAGACUGAAGAUCCCAUGAUUAAGCAAUGUUUCUUUGACAAGUCGAAGUCGGGGAGUGAUAGUCCGUGCAGAGGGAAAGGCGAUGAGAAGGCGGUCGAGAUGAGCCUCUCGAGCUGGUUAGCUGAGAAGUCACCACAGAACUCACCGGAGAGUGAGAACAACUAUGGAGACAGGCUGAGAGUGAUUGCAGAAAUCAGCAAGUUGAAUGGGGUGGUUCCAUCGACAACAACAUCGUGUUGCAGUGGUGGUGAUGAUCAGCUGGGUGUCGGGACGGUGGGUCGGUAUUGGCAGCAGAGGGGCGCCGUUGGUGAGGCGGAGGACGGAGAAGUUUCGAGUUCUGGGAAGUGUUGAGGCUUCUUAGCUUGUAUUUGAUCUCAGAUGAAUUGAUGUCAGUUAUAUAUAGGAACCAUUUGUUGUACUGAUUCAAGAUGAAUUAAGUUUAUAAUUUA